AUUCUGCUACAAUACCACAGUGUGCGCCUUAUUUUUUUCUGGCUACACGUUAAUCUACUACACACAUGUCAUUGUGAGUAAUAGAAACGUGUUGCUCGUGUACAAAAUCCAGAAUAUUUACAAAAUCAUGAAAACUAGAGGAGUAUUUGUCAAGAAUUUUAUCAAAUACAACGGGAUUGGCGUCGUUGUUGUGGCCUCGUAUCAACUACUUUGGAUACUGUUUUUUACUAUCGGAUUUUCGUCCAAUUACGAAUACUAUGAGGUGAUCGCUAAUUAUGUUUAUGUCAUUUUUGAUCUGACUGGUUUAUUUUGCCUAAGAAUUAUGAGAAUCAUUAGAGAACCGCUCCGUUUAUGGCUUGAUGAUGUUAGAAAUGUCCAACAUGUUGAUGAUGAAGAAAAGGCCUGUUAUUGGAACAAAAUGUUGAGAAUUUAUUUGGAGACAUCGGAUGCUUAUCAAGUUGCUGCAAGGACUAUUCAACCAGGGGUAAGUCUUAUUUGUUUUUAAAUAUGAUCAAUGCUAUAUAAAUACUACUACUACUGCUAUACAAAAGAUAAUAAAACUGAUGGCCAUGAUGAUGAUUUUAAAACAUUGUUGUUUAUUAUAUCACAUUUGUUACAGGUUCUGUUGUUCACAGUUGGCACAUUUGGUUUUGCCAUUAAUUCUAUCGCAGAACAUAUAGAAAUCGGAAAAAGGACUGCUAUGAGUGUGGAUACAUUUGUACCACUAGCAGCAGUAUCAUUAUCCUGGCUGAUUAAAAAUAUGGUUUUGUUUAUAUACCUUGUCUUUGAAUGCGAGAAAUUCUAUUCAGAUAUGACCGAAAUUCGAAAUACCUGCUUAAGACUCACUGUGUCCAGACAGUCUUCAGAUAUCCAGAAAAUAAUCUGCAAGAAUAUCGAAAGAAUUCAUACCACGGUAUUCGAGAAGUUGAAUGCCUAUCAACUUUAUGAUGUAGAUGCUAAGAUACUUCUGUCAUUUUGUGGCCUGGUCACUGGUUACACUGUAGUUACGCUACAGUUUGAGUUUCUGUAGUUCUAAUACUUACAUCAUUAACUUUUAUUAGGUGCGGUAUUGCAAUAGUAUCAAUUAAAGUAUCUUUAAACACUUCAAUAAAGAUCACUACAGUAGGAUUUCAGGUCAUCCCAUCAUCUCCUCCGUCUGCAGUGUCCAUCUCGAGUUUAUCCUGUAUAUUGUCGGACUUAAUCAGUCCUAUCAGAAUGUAUUCAAUUGUUCAAUACUAUUACACCGCCAUCUAGUGGCGAAUGGC